ACAUGGUAUAAUGGAACAAACGGGUAUUUUCUCGACGCCGAACGAAGAGGUGAAUCCCACUUUUAGCUCGAAUUAAAUCUAUCUUGUGCUUUUUUUUCUAUUUUGAAAUUUGAGGUUCGACACUUUUCAUUCAGUAAAGAGGCAAAAGCUCGAUCCCUUCUAGCCAUGACCGGGCUUCUGCGUUUGGAUACGCUUUCUCUCCGUUGGGACUGACGGGACCUAGCUAAAUUGAUUUAGUACUAGGUUUAAACUUAAUUAGCUGACAUUAGCUACUAAUGAAAGAAAUAUAUUUUCUGGUGAGGAAACGGGGGAAUACAGAGAACGACAGAAAAGAAAACGAGGAAACCACCAAAAGGAAAUGCCAAUCGCAGCCACGGGUCAACUGACGACUCAGGAACCCCGUAUUUUCUCCCGACUGCCCUCCACCCCGGAGCCUGUACCAAAAGGGGGUAAUUUGUGUGACGUUGCGGGGGCAGUAGCCGAGUCGCAGGAGCGAACAGAAUACGGGGGCGCCGAGGGGGGCAGGGGAGGACUAGUAGCCAGCUACAGUCAGACCAGCGGCGCUAGGGGAUUUCUGCCGCUUCGUUCUUCCAACUCCAACGGUUCUCCUCCGCAAUCCCCUCCGACGUCCUCCCCCCUCGCCUCAUCUUUCUUCCAUCACCACCCCUAUCAAAUGGCCAUGGAGCCGCCCAGGACUCGAUCGCGUUCUCGGUCUGGAUUCUACCAGCAGUAUGGUUUGACCGGCCCCGGGAUUAAUGCCAACGGGGGAACCGGACCUAACCACCAUCACCACCACAGCCAGCAGCAGCAUCAUCAACAGCAGCACAACUCGGGUUGCCUUGGAGCUCACAGCCACCACACGGAGCAGCACAGCAUACGAGCCCCGGGAUCUAACGUCUCCCCCGGCGCUCAGAGGCAGUCGGGACCGCUUGGAACACAUCGCAUCUCACCCGCAGGAGCCAUAGGAGGGAGGAGCCAUCCUGACCAUGCCUGUGGAGAGGAGGGUGACAAGAAUGAGGACAGCCCCAGUCCAAAGCGUCAGAGACUAUCUGGCCAAUCAGUGCUGGAUCUCUCCACGGUGGCCCCACCCUCCAACCCCUCUCCACCAAUGAGGCCGUGGGAGCUGCCCCACAGUCGCAGACCUCCCCCUAACCCCCACCCCCACUACCACCAGGAGCGCUGCCAUACACCUGUCAGACACAGACACAGUCCUCCAGCACGUCGCCAGCGUGGCCGUCUCUCCCGUACCCCCCGUCACCACCCUCCUCCUCCUCCUCCCCACCACCCCUCCCCUCCUCCCCCCUCCAUCCGACUGGACCCCCAGGACCAAAGCUACCGCCACCACUACCCUCACCCCCACCAGAGCUACCCUCACCCCCCUCCUCUCCCCUACGGCCAGCCCCCAGCCCCUGCCGGAGGGGGCGUGGAGGAACCUCGAGCGUUCCACCCCCCCGCCCUGUCUCCACGGUUACUGCACCCUGCUGUCCAUCAUUCUCAUCAAGCGGCUCACCACCACACACAGCAGCAAGGAACCAUGGUCAUGGACCUACAUGAACAGGCCUCAGUCCCAGUCUCCUACACGGUGACUCCUGUCCCUUCUCAUCAUGGUCUGGUAACUCCUCUGUAUACAGGACAGCACCUCCCUCCUGUCUGCUCCUCUCAACAACAGAUCCCAGCCUGCAGUGUGGUCUUCAGUACAGGACAACACUACCACCCUAUGCUGGGGGCGUGUUCGGUGCAGCAUUUACCUGUACCCUACUCCUUUCCCUCCCUCCUCUCCAGUGAUCCCCCUUUCCUCCUCCCCCCUCCCCACCUCUCUCACCACCCCCCCCACCUCCCUCCACCUGGACACUUCCUUCCCUUCCCGACACAACAGUCCAGAUCGCCGUUGCAGAGGAUAGAGAACGAGGUGGAGCUGCUUGGAGAGCACCUGUCUGUGGGAGGGGGGUUCAACUACCCUCAUGGAGGACACCACCCCUCCUCCCUGCCCCCCUCCACACCCCUCCAGUUCCUGUCUCAUCACGACUCCCUGUCACAGGAGCUGUUCGGAGUGCCGUACCCCCACUUCAUGCCUCGGCGAAUCACAGGGCGUCGUUACCGCUCCCAGCAGACCGUGCCCCCGGCCCCCUACCACCCAGGCUUUCUGCCUUACUUCCUGUCGAUGCUUCCAGUGGUUCCUACAGUCGGUCCUACCAUCAGUCUAGAGUUAGAUGUGGAUGAUGGAGAGGUAGAGAACUAUGAAGCCCUGUUGAACCUAGCAGAGCGUCUGGGCGAGGCCAAACCCAGAGGACUGACCAAGGCUGACAUAGAACAGCUUCCCUCCUACCGCUUCAACCCCAACAACCACCAGUCAGAACAGACACUGUGCGUGGUGUGUAUGUGUGACUUUGAGUCCCGUCAGCUGCUAAGAGUCCUGCCCUGUAACCACGAGUUCCACACCAAGUGUGUUGACAAGUGGCUGAAGGCUAACAGAACGUGUCCUAUCUGUCGGGCGGACGCCUCCGAGGUCCAGCGGGAUUCUGAAUGACCUAUGACCCCCACAGAUCUAGGGUCUGCUCAGCGUCUCCACAUCCUAACCUGACGCAUUAGGGAAGGAAACGCAACAGACCUUAGAUCAGUGUCUGGGAGCGACGUCCCCCCCCCCCCCUCUCCUCCGCCAAGUGAACUCUUUAAGAAACAGACUCUGCCUUCUUCCUAUGAUGAUGUUAUUCUAGUAAUGGCCUUUUGACUGACACACACACACACACACACACACGUACGUACGAGGGGCAGUUGGACUUUUCCCCCUUUGUACUGUCUUACCUUCCUGCGUGAUGAUUGGAUUUGUCUUCUGAAGGCUGUGGAGACACUCAGUUGGACUGUGUCGUUGUCCCGACUAACCCAGUGGAGAAUAUGGAAGCCCAAAGAUUCUGACUAUUGUGACAUCAUCGUUGUUAUUGUUAAUAUUCUGUUGGUGAUGAAUCAUUCAGAACCUGACUAUUAUGACAUCGUUGUUAUUGUUAAUAUUAAUAUUCUGUUGGUGAUGAAUCAUUCAGAACCUGGAUUGAGAUGUGUUUUCACUAGUGGGGUUAUUUUGGUUUAUAAAGGUGCUUUCUCUUCAUUUACCUUUUUAAAGUGUGUGUGCUGUUGUACUCCUACAAAACACAUCUACAAUGUGUGUCCAACUGAAAUCUAGAGAGAAUGGAGGACAGUACAAUCUUUACAUUGUUGUUAGUAUUGGUUUAAGAUCUGGGUAGAGGAAGGUGUGCAGAAAUACAGCGUUGUCAGUAAUCGGGAAAGUGUGUGUGUAUUAUUUAUGCAGUGCAGCACACUGGCCUCCUGUUCACACUGCCGUUUCCGCUCUGAUUGGUUCAUGCUGUGCACUGAGACAGGAAGUGUUUCAUGAGGAAGGGGAGGGGCUUCCAGGGAGGAGAAGGGCAACAGAACCAGGGUAGUUGAGGAGGAUGGGGCGGGCCUUCUCUCUCAUCACUCCUCUCUCUGUAUCACUCUCUUUUUCCUCUCCCAGUCCAUCUCUCUCGCUCUCUCGAGACAUGGAUCAGCCUCUUAUCUCAGCUUACUCACACACAUACACACACACUGAAUGCACACCCCCGUGCAGCAGAGGAGUGUGUGUGCUGAUAUGAAUCGAUGCUAAACGUCCGACAUUUGUUUUAUUGGUCAGUUACUUAGGAAACAUAUGAUAGUGGCCAAAUCUCAAGGGAAACCAUAUUCUAGCAUAUCUAUAUAUUGGUUCCAAGACCAAAGUAAUGGACUAUCUGGAGAAUAGGAGUGUCAUUUUGAGAUACAACCAACGUUGUUCUCUGGUCGUUCAGAUCACAUUGAGAAGGUGAGAUUAUCUGAAGUGUAGUUUUAAGGCACAUAAUGAUGAUGGUUUUAGUGUGGUAGCAUCACAGUUAGGGUUUAACUCCUUGGUAAAAAGGGACAUAUGUUUAGCCUGUCGACCACGAGUGAGAAAGAUCAGUGCCUGGUUUCACUCAUUCGUUCACAACAACAAUGACUCUUCUGUUCAGUCUCCAUUCAUCCCCUCUUCCUCCUCUAGGAUGCUUCUCACCCCCCCUUUCUCUCUGUCCCUUCACACCCCCCCUGUUUUCCACUGUGUCCUCUGUCUACCCAGUGUCUUUAGAAGUAGUCCUUAACUGCUGUCAUAAGCCCUACAUAAGGCUGUCUUAACAUGCACAAUGUCACCCUAUGUCAAGUUUAUGUCCUGGCUUCCUACUGCCCUUCACCCACACGGUGUCACAAUUCAUGUUCUAUGUCAGGCUCACAGCAACCUUAUGCAGGCCUUACGACAGUCUUAUGUAGGCCUUACGACAGUCUUAUGUAGGCCUUACGACAGCUAGCAGAAGGGACAGGUUUAUUAAACCAUGUCAGCCAGGCACCUGCAGUGUCUUAAUAUGUAAGAGAUGCCUUUUAAAAGCCAGAUUUACCCUCCUUAAAGCCAUGUCACCAAUAGGUGGGUUAAUGACCUUUUAGAUCAGCGUUUAGCUGGGACAAGGUCUUCACCCUACAUGUUUCAAAUAAACCAUUCUCUCCGGUGUCCAAUGUUGUCGUUGUCAGCUCGGCGUUUUAAAGGCUAAAAAAUAAAUAGUUAUUGGCCGUAGCCGUGGCAACGGGGUUUGAAAAAGCUUCCGUUUUCCUGUUUUUGUUUCCUGGUUUUAAAGGUGUUAUACUGUCGUCAUGGCGUCCAUUUUGUGUCAUAGGAUUCUAAUUAUUGUUAUUGUUUUUCCUGCUUGGUACACUACUAGCAGUUACCUCAUUGUCUCUUGAUGUAUAUUCACAUAAGAAUAUAGGACAUUGUUUAUUUUUUCCUCUUGCUAUUUGUCGUUGGGUUGUUUUUAAUACAAAGUGUUUUAUCAUUUAUUAAUAACAUGACGUCGGUAGCUUUCUUCUCCAUAAUGUAUCAUAUCUGUAACCAAAAUCAUUUGAAGGCUUGAUAUUGCAAAUUUUUAACAAACAUUUGUACAUUUUUAAUGAGAGUUAUUACUAGUAAGGCGUUACUAAGUGGUGAAAUGAAUUGUUAUUUUUAAUCCCUGUCCCCAGUCUUUUUGGAUUUCAAAGGCUGGUUCUAUAAUAAAUGUAGAAUUGCCAACUCA